UAGAAUCGUACGAUAUCUCGAGAUAUCGUGAGCUGUGUCGUUACUUAUGCGCACGGUGUCACUUUGAACGUUCAGUUAACCGCCAGCAGCAGCGUAGAGUGGACGUGUUCUCGGUUUUUCCUCGUUCCAAUCUCGUAGGUUAGGAAAUAUACCGUGAGAAGGUUAAGAUCGACCUCUCUUACAUCCACUAACUUAAACGUCGAAUAUUAAAUCUCUUUCAGAACUUGAAAAAUGUCCGCAAAAGCAAUUCGCGAGGCAACUGGAAAAGAUUUAAUUAAUCGUAAACUUCCUUCUGGUACAAACGCAGUGAAAUGCAGAUUUGUGACUAUUACGGAACAAACAAACUGGGCAGACAUAGUGAACAGCAAUCCGUGGCUAAGAACAGAGAAACUGGUUGUGAAACCUGAUCAGUUGAUCAAGAGACGUGGAAAACUUGGCUUAAUUAAAGUGAACGCAGAUCUAGCCACAGUGAAACAAUGGAUCUUGGACAGAAUGAACAAAGAUCAACAAGUUGGGAAAGCGACAGGCAAACUUAGAACAUUUAUCAUUGAGCCAUUCGUUCCGCACAAACAGGAAGAAGAAGCUUAUGUUUGUAUCUACUCCCAUCGAAAAGCCGAUACUAUUCUAUUUCAUCACGAAGGUGGCGUUGACAUAGGUGAUGUCGAUGCAAAAGCCUUGAAAUUGGAUGUACUUGUUGGAGAAGAAGCACCGGGUCGGGAUGUCAUAAUAAAGAAGCUGUUAGUGCAUGUAGCAAAGGAUAAAAUUGAAGCCGUUGCUACAUUCAUAGAAUCUCUGUACAAGCUUUACAUUAAUUUAUACUUCACAUACCUGGAGAUAAAUCCAUUGGUAGUGACAGACGAUGGGAUUCAUAUACUUGAUCUUGCUGCUAAACUGGACACAACCGCGGACUUCAUAUGUAGGCCAGACUGGGGUGAAAUUGAUUAUCCGCCGCCGUUUGGACGAGACGCCUAUCCAGAAGAGGCAUACAUUGCUGACUUGGACGCGAAAUCCGGGGCCAGUUUGAAAUUGACCAUUCUUAAUCCAUCUGGUCGGAUAUGGACAAUGGUUGCUGGCGGUGGCGCGUCCGUGAUUUAUUCGGACACGAUUUGCGAUUUGGGCGCCGCGAACGAGCUCGCCAAUUACGGUGAAUAUUCCGGGGCACCCAGUGAACAACAAACAUACGACUACGCAAAAACCAUAUUGAGUUUAAUGACAAAAGAAAAACGCAAGGAAGGCAAGGUGUUGAUUAUCGGCGGCGGUAUCGCUAACUUUACAAAUGUAGCCGCGACCUUUAAAGGUAUCGUGAAAGCGUUGCAAGAAUAUCAGCCGAAACUUGUGGAGCACAAUAUACAGAUAUUCGUAAGAAGAGCGGGACCUAAUUAUCAAGAGGGUCUGAGAAUUAUACGCGAAGUCGGCAAAAGGCUGGGCAUCCCCGUUUACGUAUUCGGUCCCGAGACCCACAUGACUGCCAUAUGCGCAAUGGCGUUGGGGAAAAAACCGAUUCCCGAUCCCGAGGCACAAGAAUUUUCCACUGCGAACUUUUUGCUACCCUCCGGACAGGAUGUUGGUCCCGCGGCUCCUCCAAAAAGUACAUCUUGCUCGCCCACCAAACAGCCGAAAUUAAAACCAAGCGACUCUGUUGACGGAACCACGAACAAACAACUAUUCAGUAGUAAAACGAGGGCCAUUAUUUGGGGAAUGCAAACUAGAGCAGUUCAAAGUAUGCUAGACUUUGACUUCGUUUGUCGUAGGUCUGAACCGUCUGUAGCCGCUAUCGUAUAUCCCUUCACGGGUGAUCAUAAACAGAAAUUUUACUGGGGUCACAAAGAGAUACUCAUACCGGUCUACAAACAUAUGAAAGACGCCAUGACUAAACACACGGAUGUCGAUGUAAUGGUCACAUUUGCGUCCUUGAGGUCUGCUUACGAUAGCGCAGUUGAAACGAUGCAAUUCCCCCAAGUUAGAACAAUCGCCAUUAUCGCGGAGGGUAUACCGGAGAACAUGACGAGAAAAUUGAUUUUGAUGGCACAGCAAAAAGGUGUUAAGAUCAUUGGCCCAGCUACUGUUGGGGGCGUCAAACCAGGCUGUUUCAAGAUUGGUAAUACGGGGGGAAUGAUGGACAAUAUUCUUCACAGUAAAUUGUAUAGGCCUGGCAGCUUGGCGUACGUUUCUCGUUCCGGCGGUAUGUCCAACGAAUUAAACAACAUAAUUUCCAAGGCUUCCAACGGAGUGUUGGAGGGCGUUGCCAUCGGUGGAGAUCGUUACCCAGGAACCACAUUUAUGGAUCACAUAAUGCGCUAUCAAGAAAAUCCUGAAGUGAAACUCAUUGUUUUGUUGGGCGAGGUCGGUGGCGUGGAGGAAUACGAAGUAUGUGAAGCAUUAAAGACAAAGAGGAUUACCAAGCCACUGAUCGCCUGGUGUAUCGGUACGUGUGCCAGUAUGUUCAACUCCGAAGUCCAAUUCGGCCAUGCUGGAUCGAUCGCCCACAGUAACUUGGAAACAGCUUCUGCCAAGAACGCAGCGCUGAAGGCUUCCGGUGCCUAUGUGCCCGACAGUUUCGACAAUCUUGGGGAACUGAUGCACACCGUUUACAAUAAACUGGUGAAGGACGGAACGAUUGUACCGGAACCGGAACUUCCACCGCCAACCGUUCCAAUGGAUUACAGUUGGGCUCGAGAACUCGGUCUAAUAAGAAAGCCAGCUUCAUUCAUGACGUCUAUUUGCGACGAACGUGGACAAGAAUUAUUAUACGCUGGUAUGCCUGUGACUGAAGUUUUGAAGCAGAACGUGGGAAUCGGUGGUGUAGUCUCGUUGCUAUGGUUCCAACGUUGCUUGCCGUCUAUGUAUUGUAAAUUCCUUGAAAUGUCUCUGAUGUUAACAGCUGACCACGGCCCUGCUGUGUCAGGAGCGCACAACACUAUUGUGUGCGCUAGAGCCGGUAAAGACUUGGUUAGCUCUUUGGUGUCAGGGCUUUUAACUAUCGGCGAUCGUUUCGGGGGAGCGUUGGACGGCGCCGCUCGUAUGUUCUCCGAAGCGUACGAUGCCGGAUUACAUCCCCAAGAAUUUGUGAACAACACGCGUAAAAAGGGGAAACUUAUCAUGGGUAUUGGGCAUCGUAUAAAGUCUAUAAACAAUCCGGAUAUGCGUGUGAAGCUUAUCAAGGAAUUCGUAAUGGAGAAUUUCCCUGCGAAACCUUUGGUCGAAUAUGCACUGGAAGUAGAGAAAAUAACUACAAGUAAAAAACCUAACCUAAUUCUGAACGUUGAUGGUAUUAUCGCCUGCGCCUUCGUCGAUAUGCUCAGGAAAAGUGGAAGUUUCACCAGAGAAGAAGCACAAGAGUAUAUCGAAAUCGGUGCUAUAAAUAGUUUGUUCGUCCUUGGCAGGAGUAUAGGUUUUAUCGGUCAUUAUAUGGACCAGAAGAGGUUGAAACAAGGCCUGUACCGGCAUCCUUGGGACGAUAUUUCUUAUGUAUUGCCGGAGCAAUAUAAUUGAAUUCAUCUUCCAUUUGCAUUUUCUAUCGUAAACGCAUAAUAAAUGUUACGAAUUCAUUUAAAGUUUAGAUAGCUGUAAUGAUCACAUGUCAUACGUGCUUCUUCGUAGCCGUAAGGACGCAUUAAUUCUUAGAAAAAGUAAUCGAGAGCCGUUGUGCGGUGCACUGUAACUGUACUCAUUCUCGUGGAUCGAAUCUGUAUUCUAUGAUACUACCGUGGCCUGAAAGUUUUUAUGCAGACGGUAAUCUGUAAAAAAAAAUUUAAACAAACCCAUGAAAUGAUAACGGUUAAUUGCGUAGUUAAAGAGAAACAUUCCACAGAGCAUUUUUUUUUUAUUUAAACAAAAAUCAGGACGCAAAUCGGAAAUAUUCGUUAAUUGUCAACUAAAGCGUAGGACCGGUAUAUUAGGUUUCGCAAACGUUAUUUAUCGAGUAUAA